CCCUCCCUUCCUGGAGGCGGUGUCGGAGAGGAGGGGUCUCCUCUGCCUCCGCCCGGCCGGGCCCUCCUCCUUCCCCACCGGGGCGAUGGCGGCGGCGGCGGCGGCGGCGGCGGAGGGUCGGCUGGCCCGGCAGGAGAGCGAGGUGCGGGGCCUGGCGGCCGAGGUGGCGCGGCUGAAGGAGGCCUCCGCCUGGGCGUCCCCCGAGCGGCCGGGCCCGGAGCUGCGGGCGCUGCGGGAGGAGAACGAGAAGCUGCGCUACCGCCUCCUCCACCUCCGCCGCAGCCUGGCCGCCGAGCGGGCCCGCCAGGACUUUCUGGAGACCGAGACCCAAGACGCCCCGAGAAAGCCGGAAAGGGAAGAGAAGAAGACGGAGCCCCAGCCCCGAGCUGCAGAAGGGGCCCCACCAGAAGAUCCCACCUUCAUCCGGAGCAGACUGCAGCUCUACGAAGAGCUGAAGAAACAGAGCGAUGCGCUUCUCUGCGCCAGAGCGUCCAUCCACGGUCAGAGGAUCCAAAUCACGCUUUCCGAUGGGAAGGUGACAGGCGGACAGGCCUGGAAGACAACGCCAUACCAGGUGGCUGUCGACCUCAGCCGGGGAGUUGCUGACAGUGUCAUCGUUGCCAGAGUGAACGGGGAAUUAUGGGACCUUGACCGGCCGAUGGAAGGAGAUUCCACCUUGGAGCUGCUGACUUUUGAGGACGACGAUGCUCAGGCAGUUUAUUGGCAUUCUAGUGCCCACAUUCUUGGCGAAGCCAUGGAAAAUUAUUACGGGGGAUGCUUAUGUUACGGACCCCCCAUUGAAAACGGCUUCUAUUAUGACAUGCACAUGGAAAACAGAGGGGUAUCCAGUACGGAGUUGUGUGCUCUGGAGAACAUUUGCAAAAGCAUUAUCAAGGAGAAGCAGCCCUUUGAAAGGCUCGAAGUCCAAAAAGAAGAUUUGCUAGAAAUGUUUAAAUACAACAAGUUUAAAUGUCGGAUCCUGACUGAGAAAAUCCACACGCCGACCACAACUGUAUACAGGUGUGGCCCCUUGAUUGAUCUAUGCAGAGGCCCUCAUGUGAGACACACUGGAAAAAUAAAGGCCUUAAAGAUAAUUAAGAAUUCGUCGACCUAUUGGGAGGGGAAGUCCAACAUGGAAACCUUGCAGCGGAUCUACGGAAUCUCUUUCCCAGAGGCCAAAAUGAUGAAGGAGUGGGAAAAGUUCCAGGAGGAAGCUAAAAAACGGGACCACAGGAAAAUUGGCAAGGAACAAGAGCUGUUCUUUUUCCACGACCUGAGCCCUGGAAGCUGUUUCUUUCUUCCCCGUGGAGCUUUUAUUUACAACACACUCGUGGAUUUCAUCAAAGAAGAAUAUCAGCGGCGGAACUUCAUGGAAGUCAUUUCGCCCAAUAUCUACAACAGUAAACUUUGGGUAACCUCUGGCCACUGGCAGCAUUACAGCGAGAACAUGUUCUCUUUCGAGGCGGAAAAAGAAAUAUUUGCCCUGAAGCCCAUGAACUGCCCUGGACACUGCCUAAUGUUUGCCCACCGUCCUCGGUCUUGGAGGGAGAUGCCUCUGAGACUGGCUGAUUUCGGGGUGCUUCACCGCAACGAACUUUCAGGGACCCUCAGUGGUCUGAUGCGAGUCCGACGCUUCCAACAAGAUGACGCUCACCUCUUCUGCACGAUGGAGCAGAUCGAGGAGGAGAUGAAAGGAUGUCUCCAUUUCCUGCGGUCUGUGUAUGCCGGUUUUGGUUUCACCUUCCAGCUCCAUCUUUCCACAAGACCCAACAACUUCCUAGGGGAGAAAGAGAUCUGGGAUCAGGCGGAGAAGCAACUCCAGAACAGCUUGGAUGACUUUGGGGAGCCUUGGAAGCUCAAUCCAGGUGACGGGGCGUUUUACGGGCCCAAGAUCGAUAUUACAAUCAAAGACGCUAUUGGCCGGUACCACCAGUGUGCUACAAUCCAGCUUGACUUCCAGCUACCUGUCCGGUUUAAUUUGACUUACGUUGGCAAAGACGGCAACGACAAGACGAGGCCCGUCAUCAUCCACCGAGCAAUUCUGGGCUCCGUGGAGAGGAUGAUGGCUAUCCUGGCAGAGAACUGCAGUGGGAAAUGGCCUUUCUGGCUCUCCCCUCGGCAAGUCAUGGUGGUCCCCGUUGGCCCUACCUGUGAAGAAUAUGCCCAGCAGGUCUGCAAGGAGGCCUCUGAAGCUGGACUUAUGGCCGAUGUUGAUUUGGAUCAGAGCUGCACGUUGAAUAAGAAGAUAAGAAAUGCACAGCUGGCUCAGUAUAAUUUCAUUUUUGUGGUUGGAGAGAAGGAAAAAGCAGGCAACGCCAUCAAUGUACGAACCCGGGAUAACAAAAUUCACGGAGAAAUUUCGGUCCCUUUGGCCCUCGAUAAACUACGGAAGCUGAAAGCCUCUCGUACUUUACACGCAGAAGAAGAAUUCUAACAGAGACCGAAGGAAACUGGGCCACGUCCUGAGUGGUUGUGGUUUACUUGGAGCUAAGUCUCAUUCAGUUGGGGCGAGCCUUAACUUUCUGGGAACCUGGGUGGAUUUGCAACCUUGGAUUACUUGCCAUUAUCCAGGGUUGCAACAUUUCCAGACCUGCCGGUUCUCUUGAAACACAGUGCAAAAUUGAAACCACUUUUAAAUUAUUUUGGCUGUUUGCAUGCAUGUUUUAUUUUUAAAAGGAAGAGUUCCAAAGAAAAUGGCUUGGGUCUCAUAGAGCAAGGGGUCUCCAAACCUUUUAAUUCAACUCCCAGCGUGGCUGGCUGGGGAAUUCUGGGAGUCGAAGUCCGCAAGUCUUAAAAGUGGCUAAAUUUGGAGACCCUUGUCAUAUAGCGUUAAGAGAUUCCUUUUGUGGAUAUUUAUUUAUAAGUGUGGGUUGCUGCUAUUGAUUGACAGGGAGCAGAAUACCCUCUCUUCCCAUGAACAGAAAUGUGUAGCCUCUGAGCCGCCACCUUUUAUAGGCAAUGUAAAAACCAUGUUAGUUUUUCUGAGGAUAUGUGACAAGUAGUUAUAAGGUCUUAAAUUGAAAGGCGGAGGAGUGAGUAAGCAUCAGGCUAGAAUCCAGGAGACGGCAAGUUCUAAUCCUGCCUUAGACAUGGAGCUAGGAGGGUGACUUAGAGCCAGCCCCUUUCUCUCAGCCCUCUUGCCAAGAAAGUUUCUGGGUCUUUGUACUGGCAUUUGCCAGGAGUCAACACUGACUUGAAGGCACCAUCCAUCCAGAGACAGGGGAGGCUGUCAUCUUUCCCUCAAGUUCAAAUUGUCGCUGGAAGGAACACUUGUGAAGUUGUUGCCAAAUAAGCAAACUUCCAUGUUCAUACUUUAUUAUUUUUGGAGGGGGUGUUUCUGUGAUGAAAGUGUCCUGUCAAAAUGAGUUUAUCAAUUUUGCCGUCUUGCUGCUGUACCACAUGUACAUUUGCAUUGGAGAACUUGCAAAUACGUUCCUGAUAAUAUCUUACUUACACUUUGCUUUCUUGGGGGGACGGAAAAAAAAAAGCGGAUUUGUGUCUUCCUGGAUUGGCUAUCUCACUGGAGUGUUUCUCAGAAAGCAGCAGAAGACUCUCCAAAGCUAGAACUUUUGAAUUGAGGGAUGGCAUCACGCAGAGUGCUUUGCAUCUUUGGCCAAAUAAAACUAGAAUGUUCAUCUUCA